CCACCUUAGCCUCUGAUGGCCCUGGGGCCCCUAGGAGUUCAGCUCUGCAUGGGGUGUGGCAGGACAAGCUGUCUCCAGAGCACGAGGAUUGGGGGGGGGGGGGGGGGUGGAGAAGGAGCUACAGCAAUCUCAAGGAAUCUGACUAGUAAUCUGACUAGUUCCCUCCUGCCUGAUGGCAUUGUUGCCCUGGGCGGAGUUGCUGGGUUUAAAGAGCCGGAACCCACCUGGAUUCAACACAGCCCCAGCAGCCUCUCCAAACCUGCCUUUUGCACCUGGCUCGCAGGCCUGCCUGCCUUGGAAGCCAAUGAUCUGGUCGAUAAAGACAGUCCCUUCUAUUAUGACUGGGAAAGCCUGCAGCUGGGUGGGAUGAUUGUUGGAGGGCUCCUGUGCAUCGCUGGAAUCUUGAUAGCCCUGAGUGGAAAAUGCAAAUGCAAGUACAAUAAGAAGCACAGCUCCUUACCUGAGAGAGCCACUCCACUCAUCACUCCAGGCUCUGCCAGUACCUGCUGAGCACAGGACCAGCUUUGUGGCACUUUCCGUACCAGCUCCCAUGCUGUUUCCUCCCCCCUUGGGGCCCUUAGAUGAUGGCCUUUCUCUCCAAAGCUGGGCCCUUCAGCUCCUGUCUGAUCAGGACACUGUCUAAAGCUUAUUUCUAAAUUAAACUGUCUCACUCCUCCC